AGCACGAAAAAAUAAGCUAUGAUACUGGUCGAUAGUUGACACACAAGCAUGAUGAAGAAUGUACCAGAGAUUGACACAAUCGGUGAGGAUGCGUACAAAACAACGUCAGCCAAUGUGCAGAGACGAAGUAGUGUCACUGUACAGAGGAGAACCAGUGCCACUGGCAUCUCAAGUAAAGUAGGUGUACAGAGAAAAAUAAGUGUCACAGGACUUACCAACGCUCUGGCACGUUUAAACGAGGUCGAGUCUGUGACAAUAGACAAUCAUCAAGAUACACCCCCUCCACCAAAGAUUAAUCAAGCAGGCUCGGAGAAAAAGGGUUGGCUGAGCUCUUUCUUCACGACACCUAAACCUGAUGUGAAAUUACUGCAGAAAGUAGGUGAGGGCAAAUUUUCCAACGUAUUCAGGGCUGUCCACACACCCACACUAGUAGAUGUGGCUGUAAAGGAAGUUUUGAAAUACAAACUCACCCAGUCAGAGUGGGACUUGGUUGUGUGCGAGGUCAACGUGCUUAAGCGCUUGGGAGAGCAACCUCAUAUAGCGUCGCUGUUUGAGGUUGUGAUGCUGACCGAAGAAGAUACGCUGUGGAUGGUCAUGGAACUGGUCGAAGGAGACACCUUGGAUGUUUGGAUGGAAAAGCAGACACCAAAAAAUAAGAUCUCAGUUGAGAUGGCUUUGGACAUCACGCGCCAGGUCGCUUCGGCUCUUGACCACUGCCAUAGGAACAACGUGGCACACAGAGACAUCAAGCCCGCGAAUAUCAUGGUGACGACGGAUGAUGAUGGCAAGGUGGAUGUAAAACUCAUUGACUUCGGAUUUGCCACGUUAGAUUCUCAUGUUCACAACACAGUGUAUUGUGGGACACCUCGCUUCGCCGCUCCUGAGCUGUGGCACAGGAAACCUUACUUACCGGCGCCCGUGGAUAUGUGGGCGUUGGGGGUGUUGUUCUAUUAUCUGCUGAGUGGGAAGUUGCCCUUUAGGAGUAAGCGUAUCAAGGCCAACGUGUGCGCCGUCAAAUUCGAGAAGCUCGAGAAUGUGAGCGAGGCCAUCAGCAGUACGCUAACGCGGAUGUUCACAGUCAACGCAGCCGAGCGCAUGACUGCGUCAGAGUUCUUACAACUAUCGUUGCUGUUGAACGAGGAUUUGACUGCAAGUACACUUGGAAAGGAAAAGCCCCAGCUCAAGCACCCCGCGUGCAAUCCAGAUUUGCACCUGCACGUAUACGAUCUGAGCUACUUUGUCGUCCGUGACGAUAUCCUGGCUCUCAUGGUAAAGAUGGGAUUCAACGAACUGGAAGUCAUCGAGAGUGUUGAGGUGGGGCUCUACAACCACACUGCCGCGGUGUAUUAUUUACUGAGGAGGUCCAGGUUGCUGGAGACAACAUUUGACGUCAUGCACAAACCCAAAUUUAAUUCGGCCCGUUUUAAGCCGAACGUCAGCACGCCUUCUAUGGAAGUACUUCGCGCACCCAAAUCUGCGGCGACGGUAGACGAGCCCACACCCGCCAGUCGGAAGGGGAGCACAUUCAGUAACCAGUUUAUGCAGGAUCUGAGUAUGGCGACAGAUAAUGCAGACGAGGACUACGAUGAGAUACAUGUGAAUGACAUAAAGUAUGUGCACAGUGUGUAUAGGCAGUUCAAGUUGGGCUACUGUGAAUCUCAGCUUGGUGUUAAGUUGUUUAUGUGGGUGGGGUUAGAUCUAAAUCCGAUUAAUGCAGGGCUCGAGCGAUAUCUUAUGUAUUUAGUGUUACGGUUACGGUGCACUGGGCACAACGUGGGCGUAACAGUUUAG